GCUAGAAUCGGAAUCAACAAAAUAAUUUAAAGUGACAUAUGUUAUAUAUACGGAAAGAAAAAAGAUAGAAAGAUCAUUGAAAAUUGCACAUGUCAAAGGAUUCCCUAAAUAUUUUUAAACAAUAUAAUUAUGUUCUCCAAGUAUCUUUGGCUGUCGCUGCUUCUGGGAAUCAUGUAUUUUCUAUAUUCUCGCGACUUCAUCAGAAAGAUGAAAACUCACUUGAUGGAUGGAACAUUGAAUAUAGUUGACGCGAUAUAUCUUGGAUUAAAUGAGGACUCUGAAGGGGAAAUAUUCACCACGAGUGAAUUGAAACGAUAUACGAAUCUGGAGGACGGUCUAUAUCUCUCGAUUUUAGGCCAAGUUUUUGAUGUGACUAAAGGAGAAAAGCAUUAUGGACCUGGAAGUCAAUAUCAUGCUUUCACUGGUCGUGAUGCUUCCUUGGCAUUUAUUACUGGAGAAUUUGAAGAAGAUUUGACAGAUGACACAUCUAGUUUAUCUGCGCAUCAAGUUAAGGCGCUGGACGAUUGGCUACAAUUUUAUAAUACAAACUACAUUUACAAAGGAAAAUUAUAUGGCAAAUAUUACAAUCAAGAUGGCAGUCCCACUGCAGAGUUUUAUAAGGUACAAGGAAAAGUGUUAUCUGCUAAAAAGGAAAAAUCAUUGGAAGAGAAACAGAAAAGAAUGUUCCCACCCUGUAAUAUAGAAUGGAAUCCAGAUAUGGGCACUGUAUUCUGGUGUACUAAUAGAAGUGGUGGAAUUGAAAGAGAUUGGGUAGGAGUACCAAGAAUGCUGUUUGAGACUGCAAAUACACAAAGCACAUCCAGAUGUGCUUGUGUCAACCUAGAUAGUAUGGAAUAUGAAGAGAAUAAAGCUAAAUUAAGAGAAUACAAUGGCUGUGCAAAAUAUGAAACAAAAUGUAUUGUACAAACGACCAAAUCGUAAUGUGAAGCGAUAUUAUUUAAAAUAUUGCAUUUCUGUUAGAUCAAGAUAAAGGAUCAGAUAUAUACAUA